AUGUCCUCGGAAAAGGCAUUCGACUACAUCGAAACGAUCCAAAUAGGAGAUCACCCAACGGACAUUGUUUACCACCGGUUUGCGAACAAAUCGUUCCUGCUGAUUACCCAGCGGCAAAAGGUGACCAAUGUGUACACGGUGCGGAACCAAGCCGGCAAUGAACCUGGGGGAGGAGGUGCGGAACUGGGCUCGAAUCGGAUCUACUCCAUCAAGCACACCUUCGGAGCGGCUUCGGACGAGACGGAAGCAGCUAUUAGGUAUUUGAUGAAUUUUAUCAGUAAGAACGAUGAGAUUGUGAUCACGUUGGGAUUGAAAGAGAUCGACAAGGGUUCGCUGGAUCAGAUCGGGGCCCAGCUGAGGAAAAUCGUUUAG